UAGAUCGAUCCCUUGGCAGCGUCAGAGAGUUAGGCCAGAGGCAAGGAAAGGGGAAGCUAAACGGGAGAGUUUGGGAGGGUGCAGAAGCAGCAGCAGCCGUUGGCGGCGUGGCAGCAGCAAUUGCAGGCCAGGCCCGCUCUACUCUAUCUGUCGCCUCUCCUUAACUCUCGCUUUCCCUUUCCCUUUCUUCUCCCUUCUGCACUGCAUCGCUCUCUCCGGUCCGGCCUUCCUUCCCCACAUACAAAAAGCUGCAGCCUCCGUCCGUCAGUCAGUCCCCACCACCAUCGCGAGCCCGCCGCCGUACCCUCAGACAAGCCAAAAAGCCAUCUCACGCCACCACCUGCCACCAGCUACCCAGCAGCCAGCAGAAGCUCGAUCGACCGGCCGGGCAAAAUCAAAGCUCGAAUUUUGUUAAUCCAUGGCGCCGCGCGCUUGGAGAUAGAACAAGGGGCGCCGACCUGACUCGGGCUCGGCUGGAGAACGGCCAGCGGCGAUCUAUGGAUCUGGGCGCAUGGCGGGAUUCCCUCUAGGCGGCGGCGGAGGCGGAGGGCACCGCGGCCGCGGCGAGCAACCCCCGGUGACCACCUCCAACCCCGGCUCAGAGCCCGGCUCCUCCUCCGCGGCCGCCGCCUUCCUCUACGCCGCCGCCGCCCCGCGCGGCAGCUUCCAGCUAUGGCAGCACCCGCAGGAACAGCAUCAGCACCACCACCACCACCCGUUCUACGGCGGCGCCGGCGCCUCCAGCAUCAUCCGCUUCGCCGAUGACCCGGCGGUGGCAGGCUCCUCGUCGUCUCGAGGAAGGGGGAGUUCUGGGUCAGGGACGAUCAGCUGCCAGGACUGCGGCAACCAGGCCAAGAAGGACUGCCCCCACAUGCGGUGCCGCACCUGCUGCAAGAGCCGGGGAUUCGACUGCGCCACUCACGUCAAGUCCACCUGGGUCCCCGCCGCGCGCCGCCGCGACCGCCAUCAGCAAUCUCACCCCUCCGCCGCCGGUGCACCCGAGCCCUUCAAGCGCCCCCGCGACUCCACCGGCCAGCCUUCCUCCACCACACCCACAACCUCCUCAGGGGGAGAGCAGCAGAUGGUGGCGGCGGGGGAGAGGUUCCCGAGGGAGGUGAGCUCGGAGGCGGUGUUCCGGUGCGUGCGGCUGGGCGGCGUCGACGAGGGCGCGGACGCCGAGGUGGCCUACCAGACCACCGUCAGCAUCGGGGGACACGUCUUCAAGGGCAUCCUCCACGACCUCGGCCCAGACACCUCUCUCGGCUCCGGCCACCGCGCCGAGGGCUCGUCCCCUCCGAGCACGGCGGCCAGCGGCGGCGCCGGCGCCGUGUCCUCCUCCGCCGUCGUCAUGGACCCCUACCCGACGCCUGGCGGGCCCUACGGCGCGUACGGCGGCGGCGCGCCAUUCUUCCACGGCCACCACCACCCGAGGUGAUCCGGGCGCCAUUGUUGCUAUAGAUUAUGAUCAGUACUCCAUGCCGUAAUCUCUUUUGUCAUUAGCUCUGAAAUUCUUAGCUCAUGCAGCUGCACCAGCUGUUGUAGCUGCUUAAUUGGAUCGACCAAUCGAUCUCAUUAAUUUGAUGCAUAAACUGAUCGAUGUGCUUGCUUUGCUGGUUUUCGAUCUCGGCGUAGGCGUAGUAGCUAAGCUAGCACAUCAGGUCAGGUCAGGUUUAUAAAGCUGGAUGGAAUCGAAGAACCUAGCUAGGGAACAAUCAAUGAUUAAAAAUUAUUGGAAUCUGACAGUUGAUUAUACAGUCUGGUGCCUGCCUUGCCUUGCU